CUCUAGCCUCAGAAGCAAAUGCAACUUUCAAUUUUUUCUCAACGACUCCUCUGGCUGAAUGCAUACCCAGCCGCUCUAGUUGAAAGGAGUCGAGUACAUUGGCCGAUAGUGCACCCUUGGUGGGUGCGAAUAGGCCAGCCCCCAGCCACCCUGGAGGGGAACACCACGGCAGUCGUAACGGCAGGGAUAGAAUUGCGGCUGUCGCUCAAGAAAAGUCUCCAUACCGAGCACCCCAGAUGAUGCUGUACGAAUCGGGGUGGGGACCCCACACUUGAGAAUUCCGCCGACGCUAAAGAACACUUGCGUACGCAGGUUAACGACGAACCCGGUCUUCGGUGGACGGAUGUCAUGAGCUUAAGUACAGGAUCAGUCCCCAAUUUCUCUGAAGAUUGACGAACGUUCGCUCUUCUCUCUACCAGCCAAGAUGAAGUUUGACCAUCCCGCAUGGGCGGCACUGCUGAGCACGUCUCUCGCCCACGCCUCCCCAUCAAAGCCACAGCAGUCGUCAUGCUCUACAGACACGACGCCAAAUGACUUCAAUUCCACAUGUGCCUCUCUCGCAUCGAGACUUGAGGUUGAGAACGGGAUUGUUUACUUCUCCGAGUUUGUGGCUGCAGGAACGAACCUGAGUCUGCCUGACAACAACGCAACAUGCGUACAGCCAUACAUGCUUGUUACCGCAGACAUCUGCCGUGUUUCGCUCCAUAUAUCGACUACUGAUCAUUCUGGGUUCAAUAUGGAAGCUUGGCUUCCUUCAAAUUGGACCGGGCGGUAUCUAAGCACAGGCAACGGUGGUCUGAACGGCUGCAUCAAAUACCAGGACCUGGCAUAUACCACCGCAGCAGGAUUUGCGGCUGCAGGAACGAAUAACGGGCACAAUGGAACGAGCGGUGAGCCCCUCUAUAACAAUGCCGACAUCGUCGAAGAUUUUGCGUACCGAGCCAUCUACACCGGUACAGUCAUUGGCAAGCAAAUCACCAAGGACUUCUAUGGCAAAUCUCACGACAAGUCUUAUUACUUUGGCUGCUCAACUGGUGGUCGACAGGGUUUCAAGGCCGCGCAAGACUUUUCCGAAGAGUUCGACGGCAUUGUUGCUGGUGCUCCGGCCAUCUCGUUCAACAAUUUGACGAGCUGGUCAGGCUCGUUCUUCCGCGCUACGGGAACCAACACCUCGGAUACUUUCGUCACAGUCCCUCAGUGGGCGAUCGUCCACGCGGAUGUGCUGAAGCAGUGCGACCUACUUGAUGGCUACGCUGAUGGUAUUCUGGAGUAUCCUCCACUUUGCAACUACGACCCUUCUGGUCUGCAGUGCACUGGAAGCAGCAACGCCAGCACUUGCUUGAGCGCUAAGCAAGUCCAGACUGUUAAGACUGUGCUUUCCCCCCUUUACAACGACAAGGGUGAUUUGGUCUACCCUCGUCUGCAGCCUGGUGCCGAGAUCCUUGCCGCUGUUAUUCUACUUGGUGGAACUCCCUUUCCCUACACCACUGAUUGGCUCCGUUAUGCUGUCUACAACGACACUACCUGGAGCCCGGCAAAUUUGAACAGCACGGACUUCGACAAUGCUGCACGCAUCGACCCCGGAGGCAUUCAGACCUGGAAGGGUGACCUGAGCGAAGCAAAGAAGAACUCGAAGAUCCUGCACUGGCAUGGUGCUAUGGAUGCUAUCAUCUCAAGCGCCAAUUCUCCGAGAUACUACGAACAUGUCCGCGAGACGAUGGGUCUAUCCUCUGAUGAGCUCGACGAGUUCUACCGCUUCUUCACUGUCAGCGGAACCGGUCACUGCGGCGGCGGAGAUGGUGCGCACGUCAUUGGUCAGGCUAGCGAUGAGGUCACUACCUACGACCCUAAGGAGAACAUAUUGAUGGCUAUCGUCGACUGGGUUGAGAACGGCAACGCACCUGAGACUCUUAUUGGCACCAAGUACGUCAACGACACCCAGAGUCUGGGUGUCAAAUUCCAGCGCGCGCACUGCAAGUAUCCCAAGCACAAUCAGUACAAGGGCGAGGGCGACGCAAAUUUGAUUGAGAGCUGGGAGUGCGUUGAUGCAUAGGUCUGAGCAACUCCGUUAGCAGUCGAGUUGCCUUUGACAGAGCCGCAUUCAUUCCCUCAUAAUGCGAUUGUCAGUUGAUGGUCCUGCAUAGUAUGUCUUCAGCCCUUUAUCCAAGUCCCUUGUGAUUCUUUCAAUCUCUCGAAACGCAUAGUGCACAUUCGAAACAGCUGUGAGCCUGUGCCAAGUAAGCUGUGCGAUCACGACUGCUCAUACCGAUAUCUCUCUGCAACGCAAUCUCAACCUGAGGAUCAGACAGCCAUAAGUGAAGAUCAAGGGAGGUCUGACUCGUGCGCAAGCUAAAACCGCUGCAUCGAAACCGGCGAUUGACAUCCCCGUCGCUGCUCCAGACAGAUCAGAUGGAAGCCACCGCCAACCCCUCCUUUAGAUUGAGGGAGCCAAGGGUACCGGCUUCCAGACCUGUAAAACGACAGAUCACUCCAUUACUUUGUAGGGAAUGUUUGAGCGCCGAUUGAGUGCAGAUAAUGGAGGGCCG